AUGGCCAUCCAUCCCAACAAGACUAAGGUCAUGCUUAUUGGAUCACGACAAAAACUUUCAACCAUCAACGAACCGCUCAAUGUUUCUAUCUGCGGAACCACCAACUCCCAAACAACCUGCGAAAAACUACUUGGUGUGCACAUGGAUGACUCACUCACAUGGAACACCCAUAUUUCUCACGUUAUCAAGAAAUACAACAACAAACUUGAACUUGUGAAACGAGCCAAACCUUACCUUACACCCAAGCUCCUCCUUCUCCUUUAUAACAGCAUAGCAAAGCCAACACUCGAGUACUGUUGUAGCGUUUGGGGUAAUUGUAGUACAGACGCUCUUGGACGUGUAACAUCUGCCCAAAAACGUGCCGCGAGGAUUCUACUAAACGCUGAUUACACUAUCCCAUCAAUAACCUUAUUCAAAGAAAUCAACCUUAUCCCAAUUCAUGACACCAUUCGCCACCGGAUCCUACUACAGACGUUCAAAUGCAUACAUAACAUCAGUCCACCAUGCCUCAGCACCCUCAUGGAAAAACCAACCCACCACCAUUCAACAAGAGCUAUUGCGAAUAAUAAUGUCCACAUCCCAAAAGCAAGAUCUAACGCAGGAAAACGACGAUUUUCAUUUAUAGCAUCUACCUUAUGGAACAAUUUCCCUAAAGAGGCAAAGAAAAUAACAUCGCAGCCGUCAUUCAACACAUAUUGCAAGAGUUACUUUAGUCAGAAACUCGUGAGUUCAACUAAACUUAACAGCAUAAGGCUUUAUUAA